AUGGCUGAAAUUCUACUUACAGCAGCAAUCAUGAAAGCCAUAGAUGUAUGCAACGAUCUAGUUGGUGAAGAAGGCUCCGCCUUUAAGCACUUAAGAGAGAACAUUCACUGGAUGGAAAGGCAGCUGAGACACAUGCAAUCUUACCUGGAAAUCGCGGAGGCCCGGAAAGGCCAUGAUCGCCGAGCUGCAAAUUUGGUUGAGGAUAUUGAAGAACUUGCCGGCGAUGUUGAGGACACUCUCGAAACCUUUCUUCCCCAUGUGGACUCGCACCUUUCUUUCCCAUGUCGUAUCUUCCCAAACUUUAGCGCCGUUCAUAAGUUCUCUGUCAAGAUAGAAACCAUCAAGAAGAGGAUCAAGGACAUAGAUGAUGAUCGAAAGACUUACGGAAUCACCAUGGAUACCACUGGCUCCAGAGGCUCACAGAAAUGGGAUGCACGGAGAGCUUAUCUUCUUCUUGCUGACGAACCAGAGGUCAGGGGGCUAGACGAAGACUGCGAGCAAUUGGAGGCCAGAUUGCGGGAUCAAAGGCUCGAUUUUGGGGUUGUCUCCAUCGUUGGCAUGCCGGGUUUAGGCAAGACAAACGCUUGCAAAGAAGAUCUUCAAGAACGCCCCAAAAUCAGAGACCUUCUUGGCGACAUAGCCAGGCAAGUCGGGCUAACGGAGGAGCAGAUAAAGAAAAACCCGGAGACCAACCUGUACUCUUUCCUGCAGCAAAGGAGGUACAUAAUUCUCUUCGACGAAAUCUGGGAUUUUGAAUCAUGGGAUGCCAUCAAAUAUUGCAUCCCCACUGCCAAAAAUGGCAGCAGGAUUAUCAUCACCUCGCGAAAUAACAGCGUGGGUAGAUACAUUGGAGGGCAGCACUCCCUUCACACUUUGCAGCCUCUAGAUCGCGAAAAGAGCUGGGAACUGUUCAGCAAACAAAUCACAAGCAGCAGCUUCGAAAAGAUGACAACUUUACCAGAAGAACUAAAGUCCGUGGGAGAACAGAUAGUGGAAAAAUGCGGGGGUGUGCCUUUAGCAAUCGUGGUAACUGCAGGUGUGCUGCGUGCUAGAGAAAGAAGUGAAAAUGAAUGGAAACAAGUACUAAACAAUAUAGGUCAAGACGAUGAAGAUGAAUGGUCGAGAGUGUUGGCUUUGAGCUAUGAGGAUCUGCCCACCAGGCUCAAACAUUGUUUCCUGUAUUUUGGGCUGUUCCCAGAGGGCUAUGAAAUUAAAGCUUUGGACUUGAUGAAUAUGUGGAUAGCUGAAAAGCUGGUGGAACAACCUAGUAACGAGGAGGAACGAGAGAUUGAGGAUGUAGCAGAGGGAUACCUCAACAACCUGAUUGCUCGCAACCUGAUCCAAGUCUCAAGAAGCAAAUACAACGGGAAGAUCAAGAGCUGCAGAAUCCAUGAUAUUUUGCGCAGUAGUCUGUGCGUCAAGAUAGGGAAGAAGAGUAAGUUCUGCAGCGUGUUGGGUGCCAAAGGAGCGCGGAGAGUGGCCUCCAAUGCCAAGACCAUUACAGAUAACGUCAAACCAAACUCUGAAACUUCAAAACUGCGUGUUUUGAUGUGCUCCUCUGCAGAAAAACAUAAUGGGAAGGAGAAGGAGCUGCUGAAAUGCAUUUCCAGUUUUAAGCUGCUGCGAGUUCUGAGCCUAGAAUUCGAUAGGGACUGCACUCUCACAUGUUUCCCCAACGAAUUCUGGAAUCUCAUCCAUCUCACCUACUUCCGCCUCCGAGUUUCAGAUCUAGUCAUUCCUUCCAGUAUAAGGAACCUUAAGAAUCUACUGACCUUAAACAUCCGAGGUUGUGGGGAAGUCAGCAUUCAUCCCAGCUUUUGGAAGAUGAAACAGCUAAGGCACGUCCUGGUUGACAUGGAAAACUGGCGCUACAAAGGCACAAAUCGGGAUCGCAGCAUCAUCUCUUCCACAUCGGUUUCUUUAGAAAACCUCAGAACUCUGGAGUGGGUGAGCAUUGAGAUCAUCCAACUUGCAGGUGUCCAGAGCCUCAGCAGAUUAAGAAGACUGGGAAUAUACAGCCAUUUCGGGCAAAAGAUUGAGCAACUCUUCAGUUCAAUGCCACCAUUGGAGAAUCUUGAGAAACUCUCUUUGUCUUUCAUUUAUCCAGCCAACAUUGGGGGCAUGCUUAGAUUGAACCUCUCUGGAUAUCAUAGUCUUCUCAAACUUCGCAUCAAAGGAUGUCUGUUCAAGCUGCCAAAUGUGGAUGCCUUCCCACCAAACCUCGUCAAGCUGUGCCUGUUUUACACCAAGAUGGAUGAGGACCCAAUGAAGAUUCUGAAGAGGCUACCAAAGUUGAAGUUCCUCAAGCUGAUAGACGGAUAUGGUGGGUUAUCUGUAAUGGAUUUCUCUGGUGCAGGAAGCUUUCCUCAGCUUCAAGUGCUGCACAUUUAG